AUGGGCCGUUUCCCUGUCCUCUUGUCCCUCUUUGUUAGCGUAGUGUUUGCUGCACCGAGCGAGGACUCGAAGCAAACAUGCUACUCCCAAUUGGAUGGCAAGUUGCCGUCUUUUACUCCGUCGAAUUUCCACUUUAGUGGCAACGUAAGGAGGUACUACAUUGCCGCGGAGGAGCUUGAGUGGGACUAUGCGCCUACAGGGUGGGAUAACUGGUUAGGUGUCCCUUUCAACCUCUCAGCAAAAGCCCAGUAUUCAGGGUACACUCACUAUGGCACCAAAUGGCUCAAAGCGCUGUAUCGCGGAUACACCAACGCCUCUUUCAGCGAGAGGACGCUUCAGCCCCCAUUCCAAGGCAGCCAGGGACCGACUAUCCGUGCUGAAGUAGGCGAUCUGAUUGAGAUCCUGUUUGUCAAUAAAUUGAAAAAUCACUACGCGACCAUGCAUUCCAUGGGACUCGCAUACACCAAGCCGUACGAGGGCUCAGACUAUCCAAAUAACACAAUGCCCGGCGUCGGUAACACGCUACCGAUAGCAGACUACGGGCCGCCGAUGCUGGGGCCAGAAGAUUGUAUCGUAUACAAAUGGAUGGUGAACGAUGAAGCGGGACCGAGUGAUGGGCUUCCGGCAAAGAUUCAUUCAUACCAUUCAUACGUCUCUCUCGAGCAAGACGCCAACGCAGGCCUUAUUGGUCCCACAAUUAUUUACGCUAAUGGUAAGAUGAACGAAACAGUGGCGUCGUACCGCGAAUUCCCCAUUCUGUACAACAGCUACGAUGAGGAUCAGUCAUUCCUCUCCGGCGUAAACAAAGCUCGGCUUGAAGGUGGCGGCUCUGCACAGUACAUCAUGCCGCAAUUCGACACGACGGGCCUGCCUGACGCGAACAUGACAGUGUGGAAGCCGCAAUUGACGAAUUUCGAGAGUGGGAGACAGUUUGAUGGUGCACCUAUUUUCUUCGCUGUCAACGGGUUCGUGUAUGCGAACAAUCCAUUAUUCGAGAUGUGUGUGGGCGAUAACAUAAUCUGGGGUUCGAAUGCGUAUGGAUCGGCUAGCCAUGUAUUCCAUAUGCACGGUAAUGGCGUCGUUUAUCAGCGCUUCCAUGAAUACGCUCAGAGUAUCAACGACGGCGUAGGAAAGACACUGUACUCGAAGGCAGUUGGCGAGGGCCAAUGGCAGGUCAUUUGCCAUGUACAGAAUCACAACACCAAAGGCAUGGUGGCAAACUAUCGGGUUUACCCAAAGGACAACUGCCCUUUAGCACCACUGAAACCGCUAAGGGAGUAG